CCGUAGCCUACAUCGUCUAAAUAGAACAGACAUUUUUCAACAUUAUCAAGCACUCUUGGAGUCUGAUUUGGUCACUGUUAUUGUUGCUGUUCGAUACGAUCCCCUUGCUAGCACAACAAUAGGCAACCGAUUCCAAUGGCUACACUGACGCUCAUGGCAUCUGAAGGGCCUACCCAUACUACACAGGUAGCAAUCAGACAAGCAACACAUAUCGUGACGGACGCCCCAGCAAAUACGGGGGUAUAUUUUUUAACUACGCAACAUGCUACGAUAGACGGGUUUACCAACGCUCACGCUACCGUACCGGCGAAGACAAUCGACAUCGUAAUCCCGACAUGUAUUCAGACAAUAGAGCCAGACGCGAACGGAUACCUGCCCCCAGGAACAUGCAAUGCUCUUUGGAGCUACUACCCGAGCUUCUCGGCCGCAAUGGUCUUCGCCAUUAUUUCUGGGCUUCUCACUCUCGCCCACUUAUACCAAGCAAUAGCCCAUAGGAAGAAAUUCUGCUGGGUCAUUGUCAUGGCUAGUUUUUGGGAAACGAUGGCUUACCUAUUUCGUACUGUCAGCACUCGCUACCAGCAAAGUUCUGGUAUAUAUCUUGUGUUCCAGAUCUUCAUUUUGCUCUCGCCGCUGUGGGUAAACGCAUUCGACUAUAUGGUUCUUGGUCGAAUGAUAUACUAUUUCGUCCCUUCGCGGCAGAUAUUCAACAUACCAGCACAAGCAAUAGCUGCAGGCUUUGUCACAUUUGACUUUGUUGCGUUCGUCAUCCAACUCGUAGGUGGCUCAAUGGCUGGCCCAACGGCACCACUAGAGGAUCAGUUAAAGGCCAUCCGUAUUUAUAUGGGAGGUAUCGGCUUGCAGCAGUUCUUUAUAUUUAUAUUUGUUGCGUUUGCAGUUGGGUUCCAGCUGGAAAUGCGUAACGUGAAAACUCCCGAAGCGACAACAACUGGGAAAUUAAGCUGGCGUCCUUUAUUAUUUACGCUAUAUGCUACGUUAACCUGCAUCACGAUUCGUAUCGUGUUUCGACUGGUCGAGUUCUCGUCCGGCUCGACUGGCGUAUCGAACCCCUUGGUGACCAACGAAACUUACUUCUAUGUGCUCGAGGCUGCUCCCAUGAUGUUAGCUAUUCUCGGCUUUAACAUCAUACAUCCGGGAAAGGUUCUCGUAGGAUCUCAGUCCGAGAUGCCUGGGUUUUUUGCGACCUGCAUGGGUUUAUUUCGGAAGAGGAAAGAAAGAGGGCAAUUCAGAAAGCUUGAAGGAUCUGAAAACGAAGAGAUGGACAAUCUGCGGCCAUGAUAGGUUGGCCAAUCAAGCCCUUCCUAAGCCAUAUCAGGCUCGUCUAAUGAGAUGACGCUGUCCGAUUCGCGGAGUAGUCUGUCGGAUAACCCCAACUAUCCGUGUAGCCUAGACAUGCAUACGCAUUAUGAAGGAUCGGGAAUAUAUUCAGAAUAGCACUUAUCCCCCCGACGAUCUCUAGGUGUCACCUUGGGGUACUCUACCUGAACCCCUCACCGUAUUUUGCUCCUGGAUCUUGUCUUUACUUCGCCCG